ACCAACAAGUCAACAGUUGCCACUCACACACAUUCUCUUUGAGAAGGUUCUCUUUACACCUUUCUCUCUUCCUUCUUUGUUAUCCAUUCUCUCGAUAUCCUAGCGAUAUUCGUACAUUCACUUCGGCUGUGCCACUUUGUCCCUGUUACCCGUCAAUUUCAUCACUCAAUCACUUUUCAACAUUUCUACGCAGCUCGCCUAAACGACUACCGCAAUCAUGAGGUCUGCUGUCAUUCUUGCCCUUUCGGGAUCUUCCCUUGCUCUGCCCUUUGGCGGUGCCAUGAACGCUAUGUUUGGUGCCAAGGAGACUCGUGAGGCUCCUGCACCAGGGAACAUGCCCAGCUUCCCAGGCGCUGGUUUUCCAGCUCCUACUGGAACUGGCGUGCCUGCUUUCCCUAUGCCCACUGGAGGUUUCCCUGGUGGUUUCCCAGGAGGCCAGCCUGGAGGUCAACCCGGUGGUCAACCAGGCGGCGGCUUCCCUGGUUUCCCCGGAGGCCACAACGGUGGUCACAACGGCGGAGGUUUCCCUGGCUUCCCUGGAGGUCAGAAUGGAGGCCAGAAUGGAGGCCAGAAUGGAGGCCAGAACGGUGGGGGUUCCCCUGGCUCCCAAGGAGGCAAUCCCCCAACCGUAAAGAGGCUCGCAAUCAACUAUGGCCUUGCUCCAGCCCUACACAAGAGGGGAGAGGCCGCUACUCCUGCUCUGCCAGAAUUCCAGCUUCUUUCCAAGGAUGGUAGUGCUCCAGCUGCUCCAGCUGCAAGCACACCGGCUACGGGUUCUCCUGCCGAAGGUGGCUCUCCAUAUGGCGGUGAGCCUGCUGAAGGUGCUCCAACUGAGGGUGCCCCCACUGAGGGCUCUCCUGACGCUGGUGCUCCCGGUGCCGGUACUCCCACUGAGGGCAACCCUGAAUCUGGUGCCCCUGACUAUGGUACUCCUACCGAAGGUGCUCCUGGAGCCGGUGCCUCAGGCGCCCCAGGUGCAGGCACUCCCCCAUUCCCUCUCCCCACUGGCGCUCGUCCUCCCUUUCCCAUGCCCACCGGCGGUCUUCCCUCCUUCCCCAUGCCCACUGGCGGUUUCCCCAGCGGCCCAGGCGGACCAGGCGGUAACGCUCCCUACCCCGGCGGUCCUGGAGGCGAGGGUGAGGACGGCAAGCCUGGCGCCGGUGGAUUUCUCGAGUGGCUCAGCGGUCUCUUCGGUAAGGGCAAGGGCGAGGGUGCUGGCCAAGGCCAGGGUGAGGGAAAAGGCGACGGCGAAUCCAAGGGCGACUACUAAAUGGCUUGGACUGAAUGAUUAUCCAUGGGCCUAUCGAAUUCAUCUGACGGAUGAGUGACAGAUUGAGUGUCUAGAUGACACGGGAACGUUUUGACAUAUAUAUUUCUCUUCUUGUAUCACACCUUUUUGGCAACUUAAAUACACGCUCCUUAUUGAGAUUGAAAGACGCUACUUGCACUGUGA